AUUAACUUUUUUGACAAUAUAGGAGUAAGGUAUAUACAUCGAUCAUUGAUAGUCUCUGAAAUUCUUUCCAUCUUAGAAAAAAUAAAAAAAAAAUUAGAAAUGCUUUCCCCGGAGUCUCCGGAGAAACCGAAAACAAGUUUAGACGAUCUGGGGCUAUUAACAAAGACUGAAGAGAAAACAAAAGGGAGCCUUGUAGCCCUCCAGUCUAUCGACAAGCGCCUGAAGACCCUCUUGGAUCGCCUUACAACUGUGGAGAACUCAAUAGCUAGCUUGAAUUUACCUGCCUUGGACGAAGCUAAUGGGGAUGCCUAUCAGGAUUUGGAGUCCUUGGAGUAUGAGUUGGACAAGAAGGAGAAAGAACUUUCAGAAUUUGCAAAUGAAGAAGCUAUUGAUGAAGAUAAAGAUGUUGAUGAAAUUAAUGAGGUAGAAAAGGAAGUCACAGGAAAUCAAUAAUAUGAUUUUGCAUUACAUAA